GGAAGAGGCCCCGGCUGCUGGGUGAGGCGCGGAGACGGUUCGGCGGUGAGUCCGGGGCCAGCCCGAGCGCCCAGCCCUCCUCCCGGAGCCUCCAAAGGAAACGAACGACUUGGGGUUCCGGAGCCGUCGCCGCCGGCCUCCGUCACCGCCGCCUGUGCCGCCGCGGACCCCCCCUCCCGCCCCCGCCGCCGGAGGACGCGGCCCUGAGAGGCCUCUAGGCCUAGGCGCGGCCCGCGGAGCCCGACGCGCUGCUGCCGGUUCUGCUGUGAGUAAAACGAGCGUCCUCUCCACAGUCAUUUACGCAUUAAAAUGGAGGAAAUUUCGUUGGCCAACCUGGAUACUAACAAGCUGGAGGCCAUCGCGCAGGAGAUAUACGUAGAUCUGAUAGAGGAUUCUUGUUUGGGCUUCUGCUUUGAGGUGCACCGGGCAGUCAAGUGUGGCUACUUCUACCUGGAGUUCGCAGAGACUGGGAACGUGAAGGAUUUUGGCAUUCAGCCGGUGGAAGAUAAAGGCGCGUGCCGCCUCCCGCUCUGCUCCCUGCCUGGAGAGUCGGGGAACGGGCCUGAUCAGCAGCUGCAACGCUCUCCUCCGGAGUUCCAGUAGCUGCCCCUUGAGAGUCUGAGAGCGACCAGGACAAUGACAUAGACCGGUCCUGUGGUUUGGAGAAGUUAGGUAGCGAAGUAGAAGGAAAAAAAAAAAAAAUUUUUUUUUUUUUUUUUCAGACAAAAGUCCCAAUUCCCAUUGAAGAUCCUAGCCUUAGAAAACCCAGAGUGGAGAAUUUAGGAGUUCGGAUUCUUUUCUAAGUGUGUUACCUGAGGGGGUCAGCUUUGAAACCCUGGGCAGGAGAGGAGCUACUGUUCAUCCUGCACGCACCAUGCAGGGCGGGUUGAUCUUUAAACGCCAGGAUGUGUACAAGAUCCCUGUACUGACCCCAGUGCACAGGAGAGUAGUUGUGUGCUCAGCGUAUGAAAUUCUCUGGGCCCUCAGUCUUUCCGUCUGCCUGAUGUCAAGGGCUUCCUGGAUAACUGACAGUUCAGAUGUUAACUGGUGAGGCCUUCAUCUUUGGGCCUCAGUGGGACUGCCUCUGAUUUCCGGGUCUCCAGUGUGGUCUUCUUCAAGACAAAUGAAGACAAGGUAUGAGAGCUGGAUAUUAACAGUUCCAGUUUGAGAAAACCAAGAAAGAAUUUCUACCUGAAUUUGGCAGGGGAAGCUGUGUGGUCUUGGCCUCCAACGAGAAGAAAAGGACAAUGCCACCAGUUUUGCAAAUGUCCAGCAUAUAGCAAUGACUUAAGCAGACUUGGGGACAAGGGCAAGCCUUUUGCUGAACAGAGCCCUCUUUUGUACAUCCCACUCAUUGGCAUAAGCUUGACAGUUGGACAACUUGGUUAUUCUAACAGGUUGAUUUAGUCAUGAUCCCUUGGGGAGGUAGCAAGGGCCUCUGCAGCUAUGCAUCAUCCCUAAAUGCAAGAUUCUUAUCUGGAUAUAUUAUUCUGUGUACAACAGUUGGGUGGGGCAGUCAUUUUCCUACUUUGAGUUAGGAGUUGUCUAGCUUGGUCAUAAUGCAGAUGACUGCCUGCCUCCAACACAGGGCAGGAGUAACUACAGAAGAGCAUCAUGGCUGUUGCAGUAGGCUGUGGUUUGAAAGCUGAGCCCAGAGGGAACCUCUCCCAGCUGCCCUCAAUAAUGUGAAUGGGUUAGUUCUAGGAGCCAAGGAAGAGGAAGGCUGGAUCUGCGCUCAUCUGACUGCAGUAUCCUGGUGACUGCCUCUGUUCUUUGAGUUGGACCGUCACAGAACUCUGCUAUGGUGAACAUCUAAACAGUCACCUUCUCUGCCUCUCACAAGGGGCAGCCCUUUCUACUUGGCCCCUUUUAAAUCUUCUUAACAACAAGAGCCACCCUUUUGUUGCUGGAAGUCAGGAAAGGGCCUCCAGAAAUCCCCUGGCUUUAGGAAAUGGCGUGGGGGUGGAUGGGAAGUGUGAGCCACAUAUCAAAACUACCCUCUACUUUACUCCCUGAUUGAGGGCUUAUGAAGUGUAGACGGGUGGGAGUCCCAAGGUGAGCGGGAAUGGUGCUGCUUUAUUUGAAAUGUUUUCUUACCUCAUUCUGUGCCCCAUAAGGGGUCCAGCCUCAUCUGUCUGGCUUGGCCCCAUGUUCCUCCUGUCCCUGGCUCCACUUUCUAUCUGGUGCAGCUCAAGACCCCAGGUGCUGCCUGACACCCUCUUUUCAAAUUGACCAGUUUCAGUUCCUCUCUCGGUGUUGUUCCUGCUUCAGAAGCCUGCCUGGUUUCCUUUCCUUGAAUUUAGUUUUUUUUAUUUCCUCUUGCUUUUGUGGGAGACUCAGAAAAGAAUCUUUCUUAUGGCUCCCUCUAUUGGGAUUAGAAUGGCGAGAGAAUGUAAUUUUUUGUAUAUGAAAGGCAGUGUCAAGCCUAAGCAUUUCUCCUAUAGGACUGCCUUGCUAGUAUGCCUUCCUGCUGUGUCUUAAAUCAUGAGGAGUUACAUCUUCCCACCUCCAUUCUGUAAAUGCCUCUUAGGAUCUCGACAGAAGAGCAGUAAAGGCUAACUUAACACACACACAGGGAUGAAGUUGGUCCUGAUCCAUUUUCUGAAACCCUUGCUGUGCAUGUAUCCUUCCUUAUCACAGAAGGAGCUAUUUGGACGGUAUGGAUUGAGUUGGGUUACAUACCCUAGAAAGUUAAAUUAAUUAUAGUGAUAGACCCUCAAGACUGACUAUUACUGCAUUCUCCCCCUAGCGAAGUCCUGCUCAGGGUUGGGGCCUAGUCACAGAUUGAUCUUCAAGGAUUGUGAUAACGUUUUAAAAAGUCAGACUUGGGCAACAGCUAAAAUAAUUUUGAGUUCUCUAUCUGAAUUUUUGCAAAUACCUCCUAUUAAGGGGAUGCAGAGGGAGAAGAGUCUUAAGUGAGAUUCUGUCCUACUUCCAAAUAACAUCCAGAAAACAGGCUGAAGGAAAGACCAUAGUCCACUUUUCUGCAGAGAGGGUGUUCAGAUCGUGACAUUGCUAUUUCCUUUCAGGCCUUUUUUCCUGGUUAGAGGAAGAAGUAGGAAGUAGUUUUGAGGAAUGGUUGAUUCACAUUACCUCCCUCUUGGUUUUGUUUGUUUCUUGACCCCUCUCCUCCCAUUAUGAGGGAAGUAGCCCCAUGCCCUGGAUGGGUAUGAGGAGGUCUAGGUCCAGCAGGUGCCCUGAGGGACAAAGUAACUUCUUUGGGGGAGAGAGAAUGCUCCCUACCAUAUAGUUGACUGGUUAGGAAUUCUCCCUUUCCCUGCCUCUUCCCUCUAACCGCAGAAUUGCUAUCCUUCCCGCCUCAACUAAGUGUAUUGAUCACCCUGUAAUUCUAUUACGUAUUUGAGAGUGUGAGUGUGCGUGUGAGUGUGUGUGUAUGUGUGUGUAUGUAUGGGGGGGAGGGGUUCUUUACAAAUUUCUUCUGUGGUUUGUGGCUUUUUCUUCCAUACAUUAGUUCCCACCACCGCAUGCCCAGGGGCCAUUGCCUGGCAUUACCGCAUGCUGGGAUCAUUGGGGGAGUGUAGUGAAGCUUACCACUAUCCUUUGUUUUGGAGAUUCUUAUUUUUGCAUAAGUAGUCCAUCCUAUACAGAUUGCUAACUAACUGUGUAGUCCCCUUGCCCUUCUGGCUGCUGGUGUAAAUAAACUGCAUCUCCCCAUUGGUAAACAGUAAUAAUAAACAAAAUUUUAAAAAAUGACUUUAUUUGGACUCAGUAUGUUCAUCUCUUAAAAUUGUAAACGAUUUUGAGGUGUCAGCAUGGUAAAGUAAACAUCGUGCCUUAGUCUCUUUCUCCUGAGCGGAAAUUUUAUCAAACUAGGCGAUGAACUCUGCCCAAUAUUGAUUCUCAGUCUAGUCCUGCAAAUUUAGUUUUAACAACCAGUGAAAGAAACAAACUAAAAUGCAGUCUUCCCUUUUCCGUUUGAGGUAGAAAAGAGGUAAAAUAAAAUCUGUCACUGAAAGUCUUAGUAAAAGGUAGUUUUAAUUGGGGACUCAAAGUAUCUUAAUACAUUUUAAGCUAACAUCCUUGCUCUCAAAAGACACAUGAUUCAAAGCAGAAAAUGAUUACCUUUUUAAAGGUCAUUUUUCCCCAAUAUUUAUACCCCAACUCUUCAGAUUUGUUUUUAGAUCGAUUGUGUAAUUUUUCUAUCUUCCAAUUCCCAGUUCAGAGUUAUAUAAAUUCCUCUGGAAAUUGUGCAUAUUGCUCCUUGGUAUUGGUCAAAGUCACUUGCUUGCUAAAUAUUCUAGUUCAUUAAAAAAGUCCUAAAUUGGAACUAGCAUUUAGAAGAAUAAAAAUCAUAGAAACAGGCCCAGAGGAAAAACUCAGUAGGAUAGAUUAGGAAUCAUAGAUAAUGUAACAUGGUAUUAAAUCACUUAACAUUCAAAUGUAGCUACAACAAAUGUUUUCAGAACCCAUACUGUAUG